AUGGAUGAGUCUUCCUGUUGCGAUGGGAGCUCAUGGAAACGGGAAGAACUACUCGAUCACAAGUUUGACUUUAUCAACGUGGACGAGUUUGCUGAUCCUGGAGCUUAUCGAAGACUGGCAUACUCUAGUGUCUUUAUCAUGACACUAAAGUCCAUUCUGGUGUACAUGGCAGAUAUCGCCAUCGUCGUGUCUCUAUUCAUCACUGGCUCCUUUUCAAAUGCAAUCACAAACGCAAACAAUACAGGCUGUUCUGCUCAAGGCGGCUUCACUCCCUGUGUGAAUGGAGGAAUUGCUACUCGGUUGAUACCUCUCAAUGCCAGAGUGUGGAUUAUUUCGGCUACCAUAUUAAUCACAUUCUUGCUCUUGUAUCUGGAUGUGAAGAGAGCAAAUGUCAUUAUUGCUAGUCGCGAUAUUAGUUAUGCGCUGACUAGUACUAUUGCCUAUCGCUACUACUCGCUCAAGAGCUAUCCUCAUUAUUGCUUAUUCAAUCAAAUCUCCAACUCGAAGAAAGGCAUAGAUGCUCUGGCAUUCUUUGUCUUCUUUUCUCUCAAAGGUUGGAAACGACUCUUGUUGGCUGAAUUCCCACGUCAACUCAUCAACGCGCUCAAUCUUUUCGACAUCGUUGUUGCAAAUGUACCCGCAACAAAAUCACCAGAUAUCUUUACAGCCUUCUAUGUUGCUGUCUCGAGUAUUGUUGCUCGACCAGACAAGGUCGAAGUCCUUGGUCUUGUCUUGUCCUCAUUCACAGUCCUUAUGGCCGCCAUUUCUCUUACUUCGCUUCUGGUUGCCGGUCUCAUGUAUAUUCCUUUGGUUUGUGUGAUUCAAGGCAAUUUGAAGGAAUACUGUUGUAAGAAGAUUGACAAGAGGAUUGAUCAAUUAUUACGAAAGAUAUCUCGUAAACGUGUUGAAAGAGCACGUCGUGCUGCGAAACUUGAAGCACAAGAACGAGCUCAAAGGGGCGAAGGUGAAUACGAGUCGUAUGAUCCGUCAUUGCCGAAGCGAGCUCCACCACCUGUUGGAUUGAAUGUUGGGCCAGCGCUACCAAAGCUUGAUGUUGAUCUAGACAAGCCACUCAAGUCCAUGGAUUCCUUUAUAAGAAGAAGCUUACAACCAACAGGCUUACCACCUUCAGGAUUUUAUUAUCCCAAAGAUCAACUGCCAUUAUCUUCAAGUGGGCUUGCCAUGUCACAUCCAUACUACGGUGACAACAUACCACAGCAACCCACCUACACGUCGCAUAGUCAACUGGCACCAGCCGCGUUGGGUGCGUCUGAUGUGUAUCAUGCAAGACCCGCAACUCCUCGCCAACAACGAAACCUUUCUCCAACGCAACCACAUAUACCACCUUAUAGUCCUCGUACAGUCUCGUCGAGAAACAUGGAUUCGAUGGAUGAUGUCGCCAGUACUCAUUCAAGUAGUGGAUCUCAGCCCAUUGCACCACCACGAAAUGCUACUGCUGGAUCUAUUAAGCAUCGUCGUGUUUGA